UCUAUACCGCCUGAGAAUGUGACUGCGCUCAUUACCGCUGUGCUGGCAGGCGCAUCCCACGACUGUCUACAACGACACCACACGUCAGGGAGAGCAUCUGCGUUCAAAGAGGCCUGACACGAGGGCCAGCGGUGCAGGAUGCUCUAUCGCAGUUGUAGAGCCAGACUCUUCCUAGCCUGGCUCACUCUGUCCUUACCAGUUGUACACGCCAAUGAGGUGCGCAUCAAUGAGCGCGAUUCGCAGCAAUGCUCAGGCAUGUUUUCGCGCGCUAGUGUCGGCGGUGAUGUCAAUCCCUUCAUUGAGCUUGUCCUCAAGAAAGUCAACAACAGCGCGCCAGGCGAUGUGUCCGUUGUGAUUUACGAAUACAAAGAUGUCGAUGAAAUUGGUGUGCCCCUGGGACCCCAUACAACGCAGCGGAAACUCAUUUGUGAUGAAGAGGCCAUUAGCCAUGACUGGUGCGUGUUGGAAGAAACGGGACAGUUCUUGAUUGAUACGGAUGCGCGCAAUAAUACGCAGUUGAGUAUCAUGACGCUUGCCAUUAAUCUGACGCAACCGGUGCCGAUGCGCUAUGAUAUCAAGCGCACGUCUUACUACUGCGUGUCGACUUUGUCGCUCCAAAACUUGGCGUACGAAGGUAUUGUGGAGUUUCGCAACUCAUAUGGUGAGUUGCCGGCGGCCGAGUACUUCAAUCUCCCCUUCUACGGCGCACUCGCUAUUGUCUACGUCGUGAUUGGCUUCCUAUGGGCCUUUCAGUAUGUCCAACACAAGAAGGAGAUUCUGCCUGUGCAAAACUACAUUACUGCGCUCAUCAUCUUUUUGUCAAUGGAGAUGAUUAUCAUUUGGGGCUACUACGAUUUCGUCAACUUACGCGGCUACACCCUCGGCAGCCGCGUCUACAUGGUGAUUGUUGCGCUAUUGACAGCCUUUCGAAAUUCCUUCUCCUUCUUCAUGAUCCUGAUUGUCAGUUUGGGCUACAGUGUUGUACGGCCGUCCCUCGGCCAAGCAAUGGUGCGUGCUCGAAUCCUGGCUGUCUUGCAUUUUGCCUUUGGCGUGAUUUACUCAGUCAUGUCGAUGGCGGUGAAGGCAGAAACAGCAAGCUUCUGGAUCCUCCUCGUCAUCUUGCCACUCUCUGCAACCAUGACCACCUUCUACCUCUGGACACUGAGUGCACUACAAACCACCAUCAAGGAACUCAUGGCACGUCGACAGUCGCAAAAGGCACUCAUGUACAAGCGCCUCUGGGGUAUCAUCAUCUGGUCUGUGGCUGUGGUGGUUAUUUUCAUCAUGCUCAAUACCAUCACCAUUGCCAAUCGCUCACCAGACUUUGUCCCCACACACUGGAAGAAUCGAUUUGUGCUGGAUGGAUGGCUGAAUACCUUGUAUUUAACAGUGUUUGGGACUAUUGUCUUUCUAUGGCGGCCGACGGCAGACAAUCGCAGAUUUGCCAUGUCGGAGGAAGUCAGGCAAGAGGAUUAUGAGAUGGAUGUGGAUGUACGAUCAGAUGACGGGGAGAUGGAUGAGGAGGAAGACAGACCACGACAGGGACUGGCUGUGGCCUCUUCUGGCUUGAGCAAAUCUGCCAAGUUGGACAGGCGGCACACGGGCGGUGCUUCUUCAGGCACUGGUGAAGAUGCCACGCUGUUUGCCGUGGGCGAGGAUGGCUUUGAGGAGGUCUCUGAUGCAGAUGACCACGAUGAAGACUCGAAGACGUGAACAGAGUCACGUGACCUCCACCUAGAAUUUUCAGAAUUUGCGAAGACUUCACAGACUUGGACCCGCAAGGCUCCUCCCUAGCUACUGACUUCCCCCUUCUCUCCUUUGUUUCUGUCUUUCGGAAACAACUGUAGAGUAGCGCAUCCAGUAGAACAACCAAUCAAUCAUGCCGCCUAAAAAGAACAAGGGCGUCAAGCUCUCCCUCGCAGAAUUCAAUGUCGACCAAUGUAUGCUCAAAUAACCUAUUGCUAGCUUUUGACUAACCUUGCGCUAGCCACCGGGACGAAUUGGGCUGAUGAGGAGAUGGACAUGCCUGUUGUCCCAGGCUUCGCUUCCGCCCAACCAGGAUUCGCUAGCUCUGGCGGCGGUGGUGAUCGAUGGGGUUCAGGCCCAGGUGGCCCUCCAAG